CCUUCACCUUAUAUAUGUUCUUCUAAUGUCACUUUUUAGCUGCAGACUAGUAAAUUUAAUUAAUUUUUGGUUAGUAGAUGCUUACUGCUUUUGUCUUAUUUUAAUUGACAGAGUGCAGAGACACAAACUCUGGGAAGUGAUUUGGAUAAAAAUAUGUAUCUGUUUUUCUUAUUUUCAGUUUUGCUUUUUCGAUGCCUUGAACAUUUUCUUUUGAAAAGUCAGACCUGAAGCAAAUUCUCAGACUGAACUACUUCUUGGAUCUCACUGUAAGAAUGUUUCAUUCAGUGUCUCAUUUAUGAUAGAUCUGCAAGCUGCUCGCUCCUGAACAGCUUUUUGCAUGGGAUAGGAGCAUGUCCAUUCUAACAUAUCAGUUUAUUCAAAAGCGAAGAUUUUUAAAAUAAGAUAAAUGUAAAGUUGUUUUAUAAAUGAUCCUGUUAAUUAAACCACAGAUGCCAUAUAUCAUUCCACAUCCUUUGACCAAUAAAAGUUGCUGGAGAACCAAA